GUGAGGUCCUGAUGAAGGCUUUAAUAUGGAGUCUCAAUGUGUUAAGCCAUCAAUUAAUAAUUUUUUAUGAAAAUUGGAUGAGUGAGGGAUUUUGCAGCCAAAUGUCUCUCCAAUUUUGGUUUUAGAAACAGCCCAGCAUUGGCAACAGCAGCCUGCAUUUAUAUAGCACCAUUUUCUUUUAAACAAAGCAAGCCAUCCAAGGCACAUCGCAAGCGACUGUCAGGCGAAUGUUCAUACCAAGCCACCCAAGAAGAUAACUGGAACAGGCAAAAGGGGUUCUGAGGUUUUAAAGCAAGGGGGGAGGCAUGGGGAAGAUCCACAGGCAGAAGUGAUUCUCAAGAUCUCCAUAGAGCCGAAACUGUGGGGGAAGCUUUCAAAAUGGAGCUUUAAUUAUUAAAAAGGGGACUGGGCUUACGGUGUGUUGAGGAGUUGCAAUUUAUGUAGUUCCGUAAUCCUGAAUACUCGCCGAGACGUUAUGAAGCAAUGAAAGAGUUAAUGGUUGCCUUCAAUUCUGUGAUUACUGUUGAGUCACACAAGAGCUUAAAUUAAAACUCGUAUUAACUCGAUCACAGAUUAAAUCCAGUCCAGUGGACAAAGAAAUCUGUUGAAAGGAAACGAGAUAUGAUGAAAUCCAAACAGGAGGCUUUGGAACGGGAAGGAAAGAGAGAUAAACCUGUUCCCUGAAAGCAGGAAUGACGGAACAAAUAAAUGUCCACACGGCAGCUGGCUUCUUGUUGUAUGGACGUGAAUGGUGACGUAAUCAUGGUCCAUGACCAGGUGAAAGUGGAGGAGGUGGAGGAGGAACGGAGUGGUUACGGGUCACUCAGUAUGUCAUUUCCCAGCAAUCCUCACUCCGACAGGCUCCCGAGCAAGGCAGCGCCCGGGAGAGAUACCUCGGACUUCAAGAGGUCAGGGGUCGUGAAGCAAACGCACGCUUCGUCUUCACCAAGGGAGGAGGGGCAACAGGAUCACAGUAAAUUCACAAAUACCCUAAGCAACUUGGAAAGAAUAGAUUUUAGUAAGAAUCUAACUGAAGUCAUGCCGAGUAUUGAGAAGCUGCUGUCCAGUGAUUGGAAAGACAAGCUCCUGGAGAAAUGCACCUUGAGCAGCAAGGACAUCAAAGGAACAGCGGAGAGUCUGGCGGAGAAGGAAUUGCAGCUGUUGGUGAUGAUAAACCAGCUGUCAAGUCUCCGAGAGCAGCUGCUGACAGCUCAUGCAGAACAGAAGAACAUGGCAGCCAUGUUGUUUGAGAAACAGCAGCAACAGAUGGAAUUGGCUCGACAGCAACAGGAUCAGAUAGCCAGGCAGCAGCAGCAACUCAUUCAACAACAGCACAAAAUUAAUCUCCUGCAACAGCAGAUCCAGCAAGUCAACCUGCCUUUUGUGAUGAUUCCAGCAUUUCCCCACAGUCCGCAGCCUCUUCCAGUCACCAGCGAUCCCCAGCUGAGCCUUCAGAUGCAGCCAGGACUGUCAUGCAAGCCAAAUGACUAUGCUCUGCAGCUGAUGCCAACCCCUCCAGCAGCCAGGAGGACACCAGGACUAAGCCCUGCCCAUACACAUGAGGAGGCUUCUCAGCCAUUGAAUUUGACGUCGAAAACUAAAGGUACAGACACGUCAAAAUCCCCCUCACCUCCGCAGGCUAAACUCAGAAGAGGACCCUCCCCAUCAAGCUUUGUGAUCCCAGCAGAGUUACAAUCCAGCACACCAACCUCCUUGUUAACUAGAGAAAUGAUAAGUAAAGACGUUUUCUGGAGGAAUCACUGGGGUUAUGCCAUUGAGCAGGACACCAUCGGGAAGGUCAUGCAGAGUCCAAAGCAGAUCUUUCUCGGGAAGAGUCGGGCUGUGGAUGGUCCAGCUGUAAAUAAUAGCAGGAAAGACAAGGAUUCGAGAGUUACAGAGUCAUCUCUUGUGAAACAAGGAGAUGACGGGAAAGCAGCGAGUGGGAACGAAGAUUUUAACAGCUGCAAUGACUCUGAAGGAAACCUGACUCUGGCAGGAUCAAAAGGCUACGAGACCAGAGGUGGCAGCAACCAUGAACACAUCAAGCGACCAAUGAAUGCCUUCAUGGUAUGGGCCAAGGAUGAGCGACGGAAGAUUCUUCAGACUUAUCCUGAUAUGCACAACUCCAGCAUCAGCAAGAUCUUGGGGUCCCGUUGGAAAUCGAUGUCAAACAUCGAGAAGCAGCCGUACUAUGAGGAGCAAGCAAGGUUGAGUCGACAACACUUGGAGAAAUAUCCAGAUUACAAGUACAAGCCACGACCCAAAAGGACCUGCAUUGUGGAUGGGAAGAGGCUGCGGGUCGGGGAAUACAAGGCAUUGAUGAAGUACAGACGGCAGGAGGUGCAGCAGUGUUACUCUGCUGGGCAACAGGACCAAGUUCACUUGCACCCGUCAGACAUGAUGUAUCCCGGACAGAUUGGGAUGACAUCGAUUCCCGUACAGCCGGCAGUGUCGGAACACUAUCGACCCUGCAGCCCUGAUCCCAACAUGCCCGUAAUCCUCAACACACGAAGUCUCAAAUCCGAACAGGCAGACACGAAGGAAGCACAACUAAGCGAUGCCAAUGGCGAGAUGUACGAGUACGGUGAAGAGGACGACUCGGAUGUUGAAUAUCGCAGCGAUGGCGAGCUGGUGGUCCUCGCAGACUAGCAUCCACCUGUCACUUUGUCGGCGGAGGCUAUGGAAAUGAACCUUUCAGGCACAGAUGGGCCAACACAUUGUCCUGUCACAACCCUGGCCAACUAUUCGAGCAGAGCUACUGGGGAAGACCUCACUGUUCUGGUGAUGGAGCAUGUUGGGAAGGGUCAGGGUUGAGGGUUAGAUAACCACCACCUGUCUCAUUCCAAAUGUGCCCUUUUCAUGGACCAGUUGAUGAGUGGAUGAAAGAGGCAAGUGAGCCUGAGCUGGUCUGGGCCUAUGUGAAUAAUACCAUCACCUAUAGGGAACACCGACUUAUAGUAACCUCUCAUGUACUUGUCCACCAAAGGCCACUCAUUACCCAUCAUGAUUUUAUUGUCACCAGCUGCAGUUAGACUGGGUGUAGUGAACAAGUGCCCAAAGUGUCACAAUGGUUUGCUACUUCCCCCAUUAGCAUCAAUGCUGGUUCUAUCCCUUUGUCAGAAUCAGACCAGUGAAGAUGGAAUCCAGCCUAGACUGGCUGUUCUGCAGAGCCAUGUCCGACAAGUCACAGUCUCUUAACCCACUACCAGACAACCUUAUUUCUUUUCAAGCAGUCUUCUAAUUCCCCUUUGAAAAAUUAUAGUGGAAUGUCUUUUCAACACUUGUUUGGCCCACACAUUCCAGAUUAUCAAGUCUCAUCAUGUUUUACAUAGGACUCAGGAGCAGGGGAGUAGACCAUUCUGCCCUUCAAUUCUACUCUACCAUUCAAUGAGAACAUGGAUGCUCUGGUCAUGGUCUCAACUCCCAUUGUUUCGUUUGCUUCUCUCAACGCCUCGAUUCGCUUUGCCUCACAAAACUCCAUCAGGCUCAGCUUUGAAUCCAGUUCAAGACCUGGUCUCCACUGCUAUUUGGUUAGAGAAUUCUGAGAGAAAUAAAAUUCUCCUCUUCUCCGUUUUAAAAGGGGGAUGUCUUUUUAAUAUUAAAAAAAAAACACGUUCUCUCCAAUGGUUCAUUUGCAAAGUGCCAUUAGUCUGUGACCUCUGUUUCCUGACCCUCCACCAGUGGAAACAAUUUCUCCUUAUCCCGUUGCCAUACAAUCCGAAUCCUUUCGGUGCAAGCUUAGAAGCAAUUUCUUUACAAUGAAAUGUUUUGUAGUCACUGUUAUUGAGUGAAAAGGGGAGUGCUCCCAAGAGUAGAUUGCAAUCCUGGCUAUUUGGACCAGUAGUGAGAGAGAGCGAGAGAGAGAGAGAGCUGAUCUCUGAUCUCUGAUCUCUGGACUAAGCUUUUUGUUUCUCCUGCUUUUCCAAUGAUAACUAGCCACAUGAAGGAAGAGAGGAGAGAAUGUACUCCAAUGUGUUGAAGGACAGGAGUUGAGCAGUUGUGUAUCCUCUAGUGGGCAGGUACCAUCAUUUGAUCUCCUGACUGCUCCAUAUUGCGGGACAUUGACCAAGUUCCAUCUUCAUGUGUCGGGAAUUACACCAAUUGGAGAAGGUUCCAUUGUUGACUGCGUUGGCUGAGAGUAUCUCAUUGCCUAAUGGGUUUCAGGAUCUGUUCAGGGUUUAUCAACUCAUUCUUCAGCCAAAGCCACCAUUUGUAAUUCAGGUAGUAAAGCCUGCCUACCAUUUGGCCCUUCCAUUUGACUCAACCCAAGUAAGAUGAUGCAAGACUUGACUUGCGUUCUGCUGCUGUUGAAGCACGUGGGUUGCGCACAUGGGUCCAUCAAACAUGGCUGCACCCUCCAAGGUAGCUUGAUCAGUGUGACCAGAACCUGCUUUCAGCCUCCUCCUCCAGACCACACCCGCUCUGACACAAUCAUCGAUUUCCCACAGGGUUUGUAAAACUGGUCCACCCUUUUGCGAUUGCGAAGGGUGUGUGCCAGUGUUAGUUAAACGACAGCUAGCUACUUGCCUGAAUAGAAAUAGCCUUGGGGUGAGAGGGAGGAUUGUGUCUGUCUGCUCCAUUGGUCACUGUACACAAGAGACGGGUUGGCAUGGCUGGGAGGGAAAGGUUCUCGCUGGAUUGCCCCAACGUGACUUUUCUCAAAAACCGCUUACCCCUCAGGUACUCCUUAGUAUGUUUUUUGAAAUAGAUGUCAAUAUUUGUAUAAAGUUUUAAACAAAAAUCGCAUUACAGUCUGUUUACUGAAAGUGUGUGUGUGUAUUUUAAUAGCAAGAUUUUUCUUUGUUCCUCAUUCUCACUGAGGUCCUGCUGAUCUAAGCUGAGAAACAGCUGGUGAUACGUUCUAGGACUUUAAUUUAUUUUUGUUUGUAAAGAACCUUUUGUUUUCUUUCCAGCCUCAAGUCUGUUUGUUUUUGUUUUUUUGGAUGGGGGUCCAAGAGAGUUUGUGGCAUUGGGGAUUCUUCCAGUUGUUUGAACGUAGCAGGGAUCUGAACAGACCCUUUUUUAAAACUAGUCAGAAUUGACCAAGGGAAAAGGGUGGGUGACUUCAAUCACAGAGCUCCCAGCUCUGUAGCAGUGUAACUCCCACAGCCUCACAUGCUGAAGGUGUAUAGUGGAAGCCAGAAAAGGGACAGCAAAACAAAAAAAAUCCACAAAUCUUUGAAGAAAAAUCUCAACACAAAGGUGUUCUGGGGACAGUUUCUGAAAUGGCACCAUUGUAUAGACAUGUAUCUAAUGUAAUUGACAUGUGCUUGGACACUUCCCCAAAUUCACCUUCAAGUGAAAGAAAUAAACUCCAAAGGUAAAGGGUAAGUCCUCGUUGGUUACCCUUCCAAGUCAAUCCAAGUAACUGCUGCCUAAGCUGCAGUGCUUUUGCUAGCGUGCCUAUAUUUUCAUGUUGUAAGCCAUCACCUGCCCCUGACUGAGGAAUUUUUCUAGAGUUUGAGUCAUUUCCUUUUCCUCAUCUUUACUUUUUCCGCAGUUGUUCCUUUUUCCUUUUUUAUUUGUUGAUACUUAUCCAAAAAUACUGACUGCACCAAUCGCUGAGCUGGAUUCAGGACCUGGAUGAGGAGGUAGACAUACAACUCCUGAGGAGGCAGAACAUUUCUACUUUUAUAUCCAUCUCUUUUUCUUUCUCCUUCCCAUUUGUCUCAAUCUUGCUCUAUUUGUCUCUAUUGUUUGGACAUAUCUCAUUUCCAUCCAUCUCUCUCCUUCUCUUUCCCCA